AUGGGACAUCAGGCCGUUUUCCUGCCGAAAUGCUUGGGUGCUUGGAAUCUACACAGGCUGACCCUAACAGAUGACCUGGAGGCCAUGUGGUUCUUCUCCUCCCUAUCUGGUGGUGUUGGCACUGAGGGGCUCUACAACUAUGCUUCGGCCAACACGUACCUCGAUGAGCUAGCGCGGAUGCGGCGAUCCAUGGCCCUGCCUGCUGUGUCGAUACAAUUUCCGGAGGUGGAAGAGGCUGGCAUGGCGGCAGCCUAUGUCAGAAGCGGUGCAGCCACUGUAAGCCUGGCAGUGGUGCGAGAGGCCCUUCAACAGCUUCUCACACAGCCAUCGUCGCCUGUGGUAGCACUGAUUCCAUCAGGCUAUCUCAUCCCCCGGUCUGUGUAUCAUUGGCUGGCACUACAACCAUUGGAAGCAAGGAGGAACAAGGACUUGUGGAAGCAAAUGGAAAGAAUCGAAAAAGAGAACAAGGAGGACACGGCCGAGUCGGUCAAAGAGCUUGGAACCGACGGCGAAGAGAGGCCCGCGCCCGGAAAGUGCGGAUCGCAACGGCCAGCUCCUGCAAGAGGAGGCCAUAGCAGACUGCGGGCUCCUCACCCGAGUGCGGAGCCGCCGCGUGGGCAACAUGCUUCAGCACCUUCAGGGCCUCUGGCGCCCAUGCGCCAGUACAUUCAGCCACCAUGGACAGGAACUUGA